UAUAUUUGCAUAACCUAAAUUUCUCUCUUCGUCACUGAAUAUCGCCGGCAUUGAUUUCUUGUGUCAUCACUGAAAUCCAGAUAGCUCAACUAUGACUUCUGAUGCUGAUAAGGAGAACUGCCUUGGGUGGGCAGCAAGGGAUCCGUCCGGAUUUCUAUCACCUUACAAAUUUAGCCGCAGGGAUGUUGGAGUUGAUGAUGUUUCACUAACCAUCACCCACUGUGGCGUCUGUUACGCGGAUGUUGCAUGGACUAGGAAUGUACAAGGACACUCUAAGUAUCCUCUGGUACCUGGUCACGAGAUUGUUGGCAUUGUGAAAGAGGUCGGUUCAAAUGUUCAACGCUUCAAAACUGGGGAUCAUGUCGGUGUAGGUACUUAUGUAAACUCCUGCCGAGAGUGCGAGUAUUGUGAUGAUGGGCUUGAAACCCAAUGCUUAAAGGGAGCAGUAUUCACAUUUGAUGGUAUUGACACGGAUGGCACCGUGACUAAAGGAGGAUAUUCAUCAUUUAUUGUUGUUCACGAAAGAUAUUGCUAUACAAUACCAGAGAACUACCCAUUAUCUUUGGCAGCUCCUUUGCUAUGUGCUGGAAUCACGGUUUGGACCCCCAUGAUGCGCCAUAAUAUGAACCAGCCUGGUAAGUCUCUAGGAGUGAUUGGACUUGGUGGUCUUGGACACAUGGCAGUGAAGUUCGGGAAGUCAUUUGGAUUGAAGGUAACGGUUUUCAGCACUAGUUUGUCAAAGAAAGAUGAAGCAUUGAAUCUGCUAGGAGCUGAUAACUUCAUUAUCUCAAGCAAUGAUGCCGAGAUGAAGGCAAUGGAGAAGUCGCUCGACUUCAUAAUUAACACUGCUUCGGCGGAUAUCCCAUUUGAUCCAUACUUGGCUCUGUUGAAGAGUAGUGGUGUACUAGUCUUGGUGGGGUUCCCAAGUGAAGUGAAAUUCCAUCCUGCAAGCCUUAUUCUUGGCAUGAAAAGCAUAUCCGGGAGUGUGACGGGCGGCACGAAACAAACUCAGGAAAUGUUGUACUACUGUGCAGCCCAUAAGAUCUACCCCAACACAGAGAUUGUCCCGAUUCAGUAUGCAAACGAAGCUCUCGAGAGGUUAAUUAACAAGGAUGUCAAGUAUCGUUUCGUGAUCGAUAUUGCAAACUCCCUCAAGUAAGGGGUUGCAUAUCAUACAAGGGCUUGUUUGUUAGUAGUUUAAUGAGUUUAAUGGACUCACAACUUAUUCGGUCAACUAUACAUGACUAUUUGGUAGUGGCUUAAUGAUAUAGGAAGUGGCCUAUUUUGUAAUCUUCUUGGGAGAGCUUUAUGUAGAAAGUCAAGUUUUGUCCAAACUUGUCCCUUUCAAUUAAAUAACACACUCCU